AUGUUAGUCGCUGACGAGAAGAUGAGGCUUGAGAAGGUCGAUACGAUCCCAAAGGCUUCCGAGUCGAGCAAUCACGCGAAGGUCUCGACACCACCCAUUGGUGAAGUUGAAGAACGCCCUCAUAUCACGUUCAAAACGAAGAUGGCCAUCUUUUCCCUCAUCAUGAUGUACGAAUCGUACUUGUUCACACUCAUCAUGCCAGCUGCCAUUCUCGCCUACAUCAACGCAGACCUAGGCCCCGAUCCAAAAUACCCCUGGAUAACCGUCUGCUGGAACCUCGGAGCCGCCAUCAUCGUGACCGUCGGUGGCCGCCUUGCGGACAUCUUCGGUCGCCGCUGGUUUCUCCUCACAGGUGCCAUAUCCGCUGCCAUAGGUGCCCUUGUCGGAGCGACAGGCCAAUCCAUCACGCAAAUGAUCGUCUCGGGCGUAUUGUUCGGCUUUGGCGGUGGCUUCCAGGAGAUGUGUUUCGCAUGUGCGCAGGAGCUGGUGCCGAAUCGAUAUCGCUUCGCUACGCUCGGCGUUAUGAUCUUCGCAAAUCAUGUCAGUAGUUUUGGGCCGCUGAUUGCGUAUGCGUUCGUAGCGUAUACGGAGAUCGGCUGGCGGGCUUGCUACUGGUUUUGCUUCGCUUUCGAGACGGCGACCGCCGUGAUGCUGUGGUUUUUCUACAAGCCGCCUACUUUUGAGACGAAGCAUGAGGACGAUGGGAAGGGACAGUGGCAGCUGGUCAAGGAAAUGGAUCACGUUGGGCCUGAACUGGGCAAGUUCUCUAGGUUUCUCGGGAUGUCGAACUCUUUGGACGCUAAUGCUAUGCAGGGAGGCGUCACGUAUCCCUGGUCCAGUGCGUACGUCGUCGCACCUAUCAUGAUUGCGUUUGCAUGUUUUGUCGGCCUAGGUUUCUGGGAGAUAUACGCCACCUUGGAAUACCCGAUACUCCCUCCCAAACUGUUCAAGAAUUGGCGGGACUUUACAGCUCUCCUCGUUGUCUGUUUCGUCGCUGGUAUGCUCUAUUAUUCGAUGAACGUCCUCUGGCCGCGGCAGUCGACACUUCUCUUUCUCAAUUCCAACGACACUAUCAUCCGAGGCGUAUAUGCCAAUAUGGUCUCCUUCGGCACCAUCAUCGCUGGAUGGUACUGCGUCAGCUUGAUGCCCAUUCUAGGCCACGAACGAUGGCAGCUUACAGGCUUCAUCACAGUCCAAACUGCGCUCAUCGGGUCCAUGGCCAGCAUCGGGAUCAAUGACAAAGCACAAGCCAUUGCUACCGUAGUCAUCGUCGCGGCAUGCAAUCUACCGCCAAGCCCGCUCAGCUUCGGCAUGGUCAGUCUGGGGCUCGAUGAUCAAACCGACAUCGGUGUCGCUGUUGGGUUGAUUUCUACAUUCCGGCUUAUUGGAGGCGCUGUAGCGACGAGUAUCUAUGUCUCUAUCUACACCUCGCGGUACGCUGCCAAUAUAAGCCCGACACUGCAACGCAUAGUGGACGAUACUGGGUUUUCGGGGUCGUUCUCUGCGUUGCUAAAUGCUACGGCGUUGAACACACGCCGGCUGCAUACGCCCAGGUGUCCGGUAUCAGCCCCGAGACUAUCCAAGCGGCAAUGCUGGCUGUCAAGACGUCGUAUGUAG